AACUUAUUGUUGGAGAUAAAACAUGAAAUCUGGAAGUUCUAUGUAUUUCUCACUUUCAUUCCAUUUCUGCUAUUAUUCUUUAUGUAUGACUGCAUGCAGUUAAGAUAUACCUAUAUAACUGAUGCUGAAUGAAAUACACAAUUUGUUUUUAAUUUAUUUUCUGUGAUAUUUUGAUAUUUUUGUAAUGUGCAUAGCAAUAAAAUAACAAACAACAAGAGUUAAGCACACAUCCAACACUAUUAAAGUUGCAUUGUUUUAACAUGUAAAUAUCUCAUCACCUUUACAUUACAGAACAUCUUCACCUUACUAACCUUAGAUCUUUACUGUUACCUUCAGAACAAUAAACAGAACUACUCUUUAGACUCUUAAUCUAUAAUAAUACAAAGAUAUAAUAUUUAAAGUUGAAACAAUGGUUUCAUUUGUAAUAAAGUGGUCAAAAGUGUCAAAGUGUACUGGGUCACGUACAUAGACUCACAGCAGCUGCUAAUUUUUACAUUUUUUUAGUGUUAUUUUUUAGACAUAAUGCAAUACAUUUAACAAUAUAGGUGAUUAAGGUUUGUUAAUAAACGUUGUUAUUUUGUGAAUGAUACCAAUAUUCACCUCAUAUUCUUUGCCCUCCACUAAGAGUAUGGAAAUUUUAACGUGACUCGAUUAUCGCUGAAUAACAAACAUGGCAGAAUCUCCAAUGUCACUUGAUGCGAAGGAAAAUGCGUGAAAUUGAACUUUGAACUUGCGUGUGAUCAACAUUUCUCCAUUAAAAUGCACAGAAUUUCAUCUUUUUAAAAAGGAAAGUUUGCAGUUUUUAAUGAUAUAUGUCACUUAUUUAAACUCUGAAUGGUUUUUGAUAUAUUUGAAGUCAACGUUGAAUAAUUAUACUGAAAGUUUAUUUUUGGCGUAGGAAGAAGCGACAAACAGCAUUCGAAGCUUAUUCUUUUCUCUGAUUGCUCUGAAUAAUUUAGAUUUGCAUAAAUCAACAAACAGUUUGCACAUUUUGAAUGGAAACUACGCAACCCUUCAAAACCACGUCUGUGAACAAGCCGGUUACUUCAUCUGUAAAAAAGCAGAGCUCAGCACAUUUAUCAAAUCAUAUUUUUGGCUGUGAAUAAUUUAUCAAAACACGACCCUCACCAUUUGAAAGAUAAUUCUAUUAGCUUUUUAAACAUGUAUGUCUGAGAACAUUUUAUUUUAUGUACUUUCUGAAAGAAGCAAUUCAUUUACACAACCUAUGGGAAUUCUGGCCUAUUCCAAUAGCCUUAUCAGUUGAUCUGUGAUUGAUUUCACGUGGGCCGGACAGAGACAACCAAAGGGCCAGAUAUGACCCAGGGCAGUAAAAUGCCCAGCUCUGCUUCUUCAGAAUCUUACACAAUAAACAUAAAUCACAGCUUUAACAGUUUUCAGUGCUUGUAGACAGAAUAAUUGUCAUCAGUCUCUGUGUGUAACAAUCACACCAUAUUCUGAAAAAGCAUUGAAGAGUCGACUCGGCCUAGCGUUUAGUCUCUUUAAGCUAACAGUAGUAAGGCGUGUUAAUGCACACAGAAUAAAGACAACCUGACUGAACUGAGAACAGAAGUCCUUCACUUCAUUUCUAAAACUUCCUUCAUAGGAGAGAGGGAUUUGAGAGUGAAAGAGAGAAAAACAUAACGAGAUCACGCAUCUUCCCAAAUCUACUGCGACAUAUCACAUGCUGUCAUAACCAAUAUAUAGAUGAAGCAGCAGAAAACACAUCAUUCUGUAAUCUGUUCAGUUUUUACAUUGAUAAAUGUCUGUGUUUUUAAUUAAAGGAAGUGGGAAUCUGAUAUUCUGUAUAUUCCUUUAUCUACUACAAUAACACACAGAUAUAUUACAGAAUAUUUCACUAUAUAUUUAAAAUACACAGGGAGAAAUACACAAAUACUGACAUACUGUAUAUUGGUAAAGACAUGCAGGGAUCAGAAAAUAGUAUUUUCCAAUGAAUCACAAGAUAUUUCUCUUCCUUAAGGGUAACUAGCGGUAUAUUAGCACAAUGCUACAUGAUACAGAUUUACUGUGUGUGAUGACUGAUUGUUGUCUAGUUUUCCUCUUUUUUAUUAAGACACACAUCAGCUGUGUUUUAACCAGAGUAACAGUUACUUUCACAUUUUCCCAUGGAACAAUUCACAUUUGUAAUCAUGCAUAAAAUCUUCACACUGUUUUAUUUACUUUCACAGCCUCUACUGUUAGACGUCUGUGUUUAUCAGAGAGACAGAGAAUGGACAGAAGAUGAGAGAAAGAAAAUGGAGGAAUCUGUUCCACUGACUGAACAUCCAAUUGAUGAAAUUAAAGAGAAGUUCAGAAAGUUAGAAGAAACUGAAAAAGAGCUAAAAGACACUAAACUGGAACUGGACAGAAUUUCUAAAUCACUGGAACAUAAAGACCAGCAGCUAGAGGAUUGUAAAAGACAACUAGAGAAUAAAGAUACAGAACUGAGAAACAGAGAGAAAAACAUGGAGGAGAAGGACGCAGUACUCCAAGAUACAAAUACAAAACUAGAGAAGACGACUGAAGAGCUACAGGAGAGAGAAAGAGUUCUACAGGAGAGAGAAAGAGUUCUACAGGAGAGAGAUCAACAACUGAAACUGAAAGACACACAGAUACAGGAGGCACAAAUACAAGUGGAGGAAAUGGAGAACAGACUUGUGGAGAAAGAUGAAGAAAUAAAUAAGAAAAAUGAAGAGCUGAAGAUUCUCAAAGAAAGUUUAGAGACUAAUGAGAAAACUCUUUCUGAGAGAGAUGCAGUGUUAAUGGAAACAAAUAAACAACUUAAAAAUGCCACUGAACAGAUGAAGGAGAAAAUCUCAGGACUGGAGAAUCUGAACAAACUGCUGAGGGAGAAAGAAACACAGCUGAAGAGCACAGAUAAAGAACUGGAAACCAGUACAAAUCAACUGGAGACACUGGGACAGGAGCUGCAGGACAAGCAGAGACAACUACAGGAGAUGAUGAUCGUAGUGGAACAACAGAAAACUGAGUUAACAGAAAAAAACAAAGAGCUUGAAGAGAAAGAGAGUCUUCUAACUGAGAGAGAGACACAGCUAAUGGAAAGAGACAAACAGCUUCAGGAGAAAGACAGACUUCUGACAGAAAAUACACAAACACUGCAGAUGAAAGAUGAGACACUGGAAGAGAAGGAGACACUGCUCAAACAGACAAGAGCUGAACUGGACAAAACAAUGAAGGAAUUAGAAGACAGUCAGAGACACAUGGAGGAGAAAAACACACAACUAGAGAAUCUGAACAAACUGCUGAGGGAAAAAGAAACACAGCUGAAGAACACAGAUAAAGAGCUGGAAACCAGUACAAAUCAACUGGAGACACUGGGACAGGAACUGCAGGACAAGCAGAGACAACUACAGGAGAUGAUGAUCGUAGUGGAGCAACAGAAAACUGAGUUAACAGAAAAAAACAAAGAGCUUGAAGAGAAAGAGAGUCUUCUAACUGAGAGAGAGACACAGCUAAUGGAAAGAGACAAACAGCUUCAGGAGAAAGACAGACUUCUGGAGGAGAAAACAAAGCAGCUGCAGGAACAAACAGAUCCAGAAUCAUCAGCCCCCAUCAGGAGAAGAAACAGCAAGGAAUGGUUACCUCCAGAAAUGAGUGGAGAGACUCAGGACUCAGCACCAAUCAGGAGAAGAAACAGUAUGGAGGGAAAACAUCCAAGAUUGGGUGGAGAAUCGUCUAGUCCUCAUUCUCCAGUGUCGGUUCCUGUAGCAGAACUGAGGCUGGUGCUGCUGGGGAGGACGGGAUCUGGAAAGAGUGCAACAGGAAACACCAUCCUGGGCAGAGAGGAGAAGAACCAGGCUGCUACAUCUACAGCUACAUCUACAGUCACCCAGCAGAGUGAGAGCACACAGGGGGAGGUGACUGGGAGGAAGGUGACUGUGGUGGACACUCCUGACUGGUUCUGUCCUGAACUCUCUCUGGAGAAGCUGAGACAGGACGUGGGACUCUGUGUCCAUCUGUCUGCUCCAGGACCCCACGCCUUCCUCCUGGUCAUACCUGUAAAGAAGCCUACAGGAGAGGAGAGAGGGAUGCUGGAGAAAAUGGAGGAGAUCUUUGGAGAGAGAUGUUGGAGAAACACCAUGAUCAUAUUCAGUGUUACUGAUGAACUUCAGAAGAAGAACAUUGAGGAGUUUAUCCAGUCAGGAGACCAGGAGGUCCAGAGACUUGUAGAGAAAUGUGGGAACAGGUUUCACUGUCUCAACAUUAAGGAGAGUGGAGAUGGUUCUCAGGUCUCAGAACUGCUGGAGAAGAUAGAGAAGAUGGUGGAAGGAAGUAGAGAGAAAUUCUACAGCAGUGAGAUCUACCUGGAAACAGAAUCUCAGAUUAGAGUCAUGGAGACAAAGAUCCUGAAGGAAAGAGAAGAGAAAAGGAAGAGAGAGGAGAUGGACAUGAAAGAAACAAUAAAAAAGGAGAUGCAGGACUCUCUGAGAAAGAUAGAGGGAGUGAUCCAGGAGCAUGAAGGAGACAUCAGACAACUUGAUGACCGAACAACUGAACUGGAAAGAAAGAUGAAAGAAGAGAGGGAUGAAGAGAAAAAGAAAGAACUUGAGAAGGAGCUGAAACGAGAGGUAGAGCGAAGGACAGAAAUGGAAGAAAAGGUGAAGAAACUAAAAGAAAAGAGAGAGAGGGAGAGGAGAGAGAUGGAGGAGAGACACAAACAGGAGAUGGAGGAGAUCAGGGAGGUGUAUGAAGGAGAGGCCAUGAUGGAGGCAGAGAGAAAUCUCAUGAAACUCAUCCUGCCUGAACUCCAGAGAAAUAUUUUGUCCUCAAAAACAAAGAUGCAGGAAGAUUUCAGCAGACAGAUGGAGGAGAAGAACAGAGAGCUGGAGAUUCUUAAACAGAAACUUUCAGAUCUCACAGAUACUCACAGUGUGCUUGAAGAGGUUUAUGAGGAAACGGUCAGAAAAAGCUCAGAACAAGAGAGAGCUGCUCUAAAAGGAGAGGCAUCGAAGGGAAUCUCUAAGAAAUUUAAAGAUUUGUUUCAGUGAGUAACAGAGUUUAUAAAGCUGCAGAGACUCACCUGGUCAGAAAUGAGGCAUAUGAGUGAUGAUGGACAUCACAGAGGAAGAGAUAGAACCCUAAGGAUGAAGAAAGAAGAUAAGAAACAGGGUUAAACAGUUUUUUUUCUAUGGAAACCCUGCAGGGGAAACGACCUAACAGCCAAUAAUUCUUAAAACAACAGGAUUUUUAAAAAUCAAGAUGGAUUGUCCAGUUGGCUACAAGAGUCCAGCACACUCACAAAUUAGUUGCAGAUUUAGUCAAUUCUGAUUAACAGUAAGAUUGUUACAGCUACUUUCUUGUCAUGCAGGACAACCUAACAAAUAUAAUGAGUGGGGAUAAUUUAGAACAUUACACACACUGAAGAAAUCACAUCAUGACCCAAAGUGUUUUAUUCUUCUUAUACAACAAUUUGAUACAAUUACAUUUUUAUUAAUUAAACAAGAACACAGUAAACUAUUUAUCUCUUUACAGCUACAUUUAAUGUUGAUGUUCAUCCUCAAAACUGCUAGUUACUGUUCUCACUUACAUUAUAACAGCUUGGAGCAGUCAUCACCCUUUCUUUUCUCUCUCUUGAAAGGAAAAGAAACAAAAUUGUGUUAUAAAACCUGCUGAUUGUUUCUGUGAAUGCUGACGGUUUGAUGACAUGACACACACUUUUCUGUCCAGCAAAUUCUUUUUGUAUUGGUGACGUUUCAUUAGCAUCAUAAAAAUAUAAUGUGGUGCGAUCAUCUGAACAUCGUCAGAACUACAUUAUAAAGACUCCUUUGAUCUUUCUAUAUUGCUGUAUUUGACAUCAUUUUACAAAGUAUUUCACAUUAUUGAUUAAAACUGCAGAUCCUUUGGAUUAAUAGUACUUUCAUAAUAUACUAGAAAAGAAUUGUCCAGAUUUGUUCAUUUCGCAAAAUAUCACCUUGUGCUACUGUCUGUAACAGAACAUUUUGAGACUUUUAUAUUGAAAAAAUAUUAAUCAGAAAAAUAUCAUCGUAGAGCAACAUCUCUGUGAAUCUUGGAAAUAUCUGGAAGGUUUGUCAGACUUUAUCAACUUUGGAAAACUUGAACCUUUUUACAUUUUGCCAUGUUGUUCAUGUUUUAUAUCUCAAUGAGAUGGAUAUUUUAUUUAAAAAAUUAUUUGUAAAAAUUUGUAUCAAUGU